CUGGGACUGCAGGCUGCAACUCCAGCCAUGGCUCCCUUCUUACUUUCUCUGAGCAUUUCCCGCCUGGCCUGGUGGGCUUCUGGCCUUAUCUUGGCCUUAGGCUUCCUCAAGCUCGCCCACCUGCUACUUCGGAGGCAGAAGUUGGCCAGGGCUAUGGACCGCUUCCCAGGUCCCCCGACCCACUGGCUCUUCGGGCAUGCACUUGAGAUCCAGCAAACAGGGAGUCUGGACAAGGUUGUAUCUUGGGCCCACCAGUUCCCUCACGCCCACCCACUCUGGUUUGGACAGUUCAUCGGCUUCCUGAACAUCUAUGACCCUGACUAUGCCAAAGCUGUGUACAGCCGUGGUGACCCUAAAGCCUCGGAUGUGUAUGACUUCUUUCUCCAGUGGAUUGGGAAAGGUCUGCUGGUCUUGGAGGGGCCCAAGUGGCACCAGCAUCGUAAACUGCUCACCCCCGGCUUUCAUUAUGAUGUGCUGAAGCCCUAUGUAGCUGUGUUUGCUGACUCUACACGCUCCAUGCUGGACACAUGGGAGAAAAAGGCCCGCGAGGACAAAAGCUUUGACAUCUUCGGCGAUGUGGGCCGCAUGGCACUGGAUACACUCAUGAAGUGCACCUUUGGCAAAGGAGAUAGCGGCCUGGGCCAAAGGGACCACAGUUACUACCUGGCCAUCAACGAGCUCACCCUAUUGAUGCAGCAGCGCCUUGAGUCCUUCCAGUAUCACAAUGACUUCAUCUACUGGCUCACCCCCCAUGGCCGCCGCUUCCUGCGGGCCUGCCAGGUGGCUCAUGAUCAUACAGACCAUGUCAUCAGGGAACGGAAGGCAGCACUGAAGAAUGAAAAAGAAUGGGAAAAGAUCCAGAAAAAGAGACACCUGGACUUCCUGGACAUUCUCCUUGGGGCCCGGGAUGAAGGUGGGAUCAAAUUAUCAGAUGCAGAUCUACGGGCUGAGGUGGACACAUUUAUGUUUGAGGGACAUGAUACCACCACCAGUGGCAUCGCCUGGUUUCUCUACUGUAUGGCCCUGUACCCUGAGCACCAGCAUCGAUGUAGGGAGGAGGUCCAAGAGAUCCUGGGGGACCAGGACACUUUCCAGUGGGAUGAUCUGAGCAAGAUGACCUACCUGACCAUGUGCAUCAAGGAGAGCUUCCGCUUGUACCCGCCAGUGCCCCAGGUGUACCGCCAGCUCAGCAAACCUGUCACCUUUUCAGAUGGCCGCUCUCUACCCGCAGGCAGCCUGGUCUCUCUGCACAUCUAUGCCCUCCAUCGGAAUGGCGCGGUGUGGCCUGAUCCUGAGGUCUUUAACCCACUGCGCUUUUCUCCUGAGAACUCGGUGGGACGCCACCCCUUUGCCUUCAUGCCCUUCUCUGCAGGACCCAGGAACUGCAUCGGGCAGCAGUUUGCCAUGAACGAAAUGAAGGUGGUCACAGCGCUCUGUUUGCUGCGCUUCGAGUUCUCCGUGGACCCCUUACGGCCACCCAUCAAGAUACCCCAGCUGAUCCUGCGCUCCAAGAAUGGCAUCCAUCUCCAUUUGAAGUCACUGAGCCCAGGGUCUAUGAAGUAGUUCCUGAGCACUUCGUUCCUUAGACCGGACUAGGGGCUCCUGGGGUCCCCUGUCCUGAGGAGGCUUGUAAUUUAGAAGGAGCAUGGGACUGGCAUAGACAUUCACAUAGAGACCAGUGCCAUGUAGAUCUGCAUUGUCUAGAACUAAGACACACCUGCCACUCAUUCAUUUAACAAAUACCUGGUGAGCACUCAUUCUCUUUUAGAAUUUCCUUUAUCCCCCAUAACUGGCAAUAUUUUCACCAUGUCCUUUACGCUUACAUCCAGUCUGAGGAAAUACAAGUGGACCCAAUGGAAACUUUGGCUUGAGUGUCAUGGUGCUGCACAUCACUUAGCCCCCAGCACGUGACAGAGGGAUGGUGGCAGGCUCUGGCCCCUUCAUCGAUGUUUUGUUUGAUUUCUUUUCUGUGCUUAAAACAUAAUAGACGUGCAGAAAGUGCAUGAAACAGC